GAGGAGGAGGAGGAGGGAGGCAGCAGUUCAAUGUAAACCUUCACACUGAUGGAGAGCAGCGGCCAACAUGAGGAGAGCACAGUCACUCUGUCAGCGCUGCAAUUUCCCAAAAUGUGCAGUUUCUUUCUCCGGCGCGGAUUAAAAGUCUCCGGGAGACCUCGGCCUCUAAUGGGGAGCAGCUGCAUUAACUAGUGGACAGACUUCCAUUAACUGCUUUUCUUUGCCGCCGGCCAGGUCACUGAGCUGCGCACGCACUCUGGGUUUAUCCACCGACACCCGGCAGGAAGAGGGACAUUAAACUGACUAUUUAGAGUCCUAAAGUGGCACUGUUUUCCUGUUCUGAUAGAGAGACUGCAUCACGUGGACAGGUGACCUCAAAGCUGAGCGUUAUCUUUCUCUUACAAGCCUGGAGGAAGUGACAGGAGGAGAGGAAAGGGUAAGGACUGCAAGAAUUCAAUUUCGGCUCAAAAUUCAGCUGGUUGAGCUCAACCAGCAGCAGCACUAUAACUACUAUUAUUACUACUACUACUAUUACUACUACUACUACUACUACUACUACCACUACUAUCAUUACUAUUACUCCACAGCUUGUUAGAUAUUUCUACCGGUGUCUUCUGAUCAAGCGACAGAUGAAGGGUCAGAGAGACACCUGACAAACAUGGCUGCAGGAGUGUUAAUUGGGCCGGACCGUGAUGCCGUUUGCAGCCGGCGGGUUCAACAACAAGACAACUGCAGCCCCCAGGCGGAGGGUUAACUUGUCACAGACACUACCUCAUCAAAUGACUCUGUCCUGACUCACAUAGGAGUCAGGGGCUGCAGGCCACAGCAUGGGCAACUCCUCCAGGAAGGGAGAGGGAGAAGAGGAAGAGGAGGGGGCGAAGGAUGGCGAGGAGGCGGAAAUCACAGAGAAGAAGAAGGAAGAGGAGGUGGAGGUGGAGCAAGAGCUUCCGCUGGGGGUGGAGGAGAUGUUCGAGAGUGGGGAUCCCGUGCUGGACUUAUGCUACCGUAAAUUCAAGCGGUUGCCGUCGCAAGUUAGCGGACUGAUGCACCUGGAGAAACUGUACGUUUGUGGAAACAGCCUGCGCACUCUGCCAGACAGCGUCGCCCAGCUGCAAGGUCUGCGCGUCCUCGCCCUCGACUUCAACAAGAUGGAGGAUGUUCCCGCUGCCGUCUGCCAGCUCACUAACCUCACUCGCCUCUACCUGGGCAGCAACCGGCUCAUGUGCCUCCCGCCUGAGCUGAGGAACCUGCAGAGUCUGCGCUGCCUGUGGGUGGAGAGCAACUACAUCCUAAGUUUUCCCCGGGAGCUCUACGACCUGCCUAACCUCAAGUCCCUUCAGAUUGGGGACAACCGGAUGAAGACGCUGCCUUCUGACCUCUGCCGUAUGGAGGCUUUGAGGGGAUUAUGGCUCUACGGGAACCGCUUUGAAACCUUUCCCAAAGUCCUGCUGCGCAUGAAGGGUUUGGAGAUUUUAGAUCUGGACCGCAACAAGAUAACAGAGUUUCCCAGCCUGAAGCGUCUCCCUGCCCUGCGCCUCUUCUCCUACGACCACAACCCCGUGGAUAGCCCUCCUAGAGUGGGCGAGGAGGUGCUCGUGGUCGGGGAAGGUGCUGCGGAGUUCUUGGAUGAGCGCGAGGCCCGUAACGAGAGGCUACGGAAGGCCGCAGAGCAAGAGGCCGAAGAGUUGGCUCUGGCGGGAGAGGAGCCGGUGAUUCACGGCAUCCUGAAGAACAGCAGCUCCAACCCAAAACAAGCUGCGGGGACUUCAGGGGACGCAGACGGUAAAGACGAAGACCCUCUGGCGAACGAUGAGGAGGAUAUGGAGCUGCCCGUCACUGAGUACGACGGAGCUGAGCUCGAAUAUGAUGAAGAGGGGGUCGAAUACGAAACGGAGGAGCUGAUAUGUGAGGGAGAGGGGUUUGAGUAUGAGGGGGACGAGCUGGAGUACGAUAGGGCUCACAUGGACUACGAGUAUGAGGAGCUGGAGGACACGGGGCGACAAGAUGAAGGGGCAUGAAGUACCCCUCAUACAUCCAGUCUCAGAUGAUCUGCAGGCAGGCGGAGCUGGAUGAGAAGAAGCUGACACAAAUUAGCUGUGCUGCUAAUUUCUAAUCUAUCGUUAACUGUGAAAAUGAACAAGCACUGGGGCAUUAUGAAACUGUAAACUGACAGCAACAUCUCAAUCAGCUGCAAAUGACCAAAU